GUCCCGCUGCCCUCCGUCUCCAUGAAAAACUGUGCUCUGGACUUGGAGCAGAAACCGACGCCCGUUCCGCAUCCGGAGCAAGGCAACAAUCGUGCGCGCAAUCCUCGCAGGACGCGUCGCUUCUGCUGCUUUGCCGUCGUUCCAUUUCGCCUCCCUCGCGGCGUGGCGUCUCCACCCACACCACUCCACUCCACCAGAACAUCACUUGCCAGUUUCCAACUGCGGUUUUGGCUUCCCAGUUCCCCCUACUCUGCCUUCCCUUUCGAUCCUCGCCGCCGGUGGCCGCCGGCUCCGGGUUCGAGGGCGAAGGCCAUCGGGAUGGAGCUCUCUACCGGUUAUUGGUUCAUUUCUUUGGCCUGCUACUGCUAGCCGCCGCUUCGUCUUUGCUCUUGGAAAGGAACAACAAGCCUAAGGUACGAACGGCCUCUCCCGUCGAUUCUUUUUUUCCCCUUGUGAAUCUUGCUAGGGCGAACCAUUGUUCUAGGCGUGCGCUGCUCUUUUUUUUUUCUAUGGAAUGAUUGCCCUGCUCCUGCGUGCUUUGUGUCCUGUCAUGCGCUCUGCGCUCAGGGGAUCCUUGUUUAAGGAUUUUAGUAGUCGAUCCUUCGUAAGAACAAAAGAUCGAUUUAGCAGUCGAUUGGUUGGGGACUGGAAUGCUGGAUCGCAGUCGCAGGCCUGUUGAUUUCUUGGUGAUGGUCGAUCUAGUUCUUCCUGCAUCAGCAGUUUCACCGCAGAUUGGAUGCGAAGGAGUAGGAGUAGCAACCAAUAAGCUCCAUAGAUGCUUAUGUCAGUGAUUUGGGUGAAGUGGCCUUGCCAAACUCUGUUCCUUUUGUUAGCUGGGUGGCUGAGGGACGAGUAGAUGCCCCAGACUUUGCUAGGUUCUCAUAUUGCGCCAGAAUUUUGUUAGCUGGUCUCUCCAGCAGAGGAUCUUUAGCUUCCGUUAGGCUUUAUAAUGAUGAAGCCGGUUGGAUGCCUUUGAUCUAAAAACAAUUAGCGAGUAGAUUUAUUUUGGUCCUGCCAGCCCAGGUGACACACUUGUAGUUGAACUUUCAUUCCUGCACGAGUUUUACUGCUGCCUGUGCUUGACUGGACAUGUACCCUGCUGCUCAUAUCGACGGGCCAUGAAGGCGUACUAGACUCAGCGUGCAAUAAUGUAUAAGGUGUGUCUCUUGCUUGAUCCACGGCAUGGUCCAUUUUUGGUGUCUGAGUUCGUAUCAUCGUGUGCAUGUUUGGUCUGGAUGCAUUUCCUUUCAUGAGGAACAGAGGAAGGUACAAUAGGCCUGUUUGGUAUAACUGAUUAUGGCCAAAAUAUGUGGACACAUUUUCUCUAUAGCUUUUACUGGCCAUAGCUUCAAACUAGAUCAAAACAACUUAUUUUGACUGUGUUUUUGCUUCAUUUGUACUUCUCAUUUUCUCAAAGAAGCACCUUUUAGUGCUCUACCAAACAAAGCAAAUACUCUUUGUUAUAAAACUUUCGCUCAUUUUGGUGGAACAUAUUGGUUGAUGUUAUCCUACCUCUGUAUAUUCCUAAAAUGCAGAUGUGGCCAAAUUAUUUGUGCCAUCAUGUAGUUAAAUUAUUUGCAUGCGAAAAGAAUAUUUUGUUAGUCAAAUAAAGAGGUCAUAUCUUGUAACUUGUGAAUAUGGUACUUCUCAUUUGAUUUGUCAAAUCUGUGAAACAACAAUUAUUAAAUUGUAUAUGAAGUUUUUUAGGCCCAACAAAUGUGAUUGUUUGUUUGUAUACUUAAUUUGCAUGAAACUCAGCCUCUAGGAGAGUUAGGGAAAUUUAGUAUACUAGAAAAAGUAAGUCUUUUUCCUCUAGGAGAGUGGAUUUUAUAAGCAUAUUGCGAAUGAUACUCUACGAGGCAUGAGAUUGGCACUGAAGGGUUGAAGUGACAUGGUUUAAUAUAAACCGUUCUGUUAACAAUGAGGAUGGAACAUUUUUCCCAUGCUCCCAAAGUUUUUUUUUUCUUCUCUAAGAUUUGACUUAUUUAUUAGGACUUGACACCUAAAAUGUUUCUUCUUUGCUUUUUAACUUUCUUAUCAUGGAAGAACUUAGGGAAAAUGAUAUUUUAUUUAAAGAACUCCCCAAGGAGACUUAAAGUUAUUGCCAUAUGUUCAAAUGCUCUUUAAUAUUUGACCUGUACUAUCGAACAUAUAUGUAGUUUUCAUUGGAUUGGAGGAAUUUAGCUAGAUCUUGUGAAGUCGAAUUGGCCAAAUCUUAGUUAUUUUAUUUUAAUCUUCAAUUUAUUAUCUCAAAUGGAAGGAUUUGCUUAACCAAGUAUCAGCAACAUAUAAAUUAUUUUAUGGUUUAUUUGACAUAGUGUUUCAAUAGUUUGCAACAAUAGUUUGAUAGUUUGGAAUUGGAAUUUUGCACAGCCAUUUAAAUUUGAACCAUGCCAUUACAAAUACCAUGGUUUAGAAAAACACCAUUAGUAAUCUAUUUGUAAAUUUGCUAUUACAAUUCAUAAGGUCGGUGAACUAAGCCACCACUUGAAGACAACUAUAUUUCAGUAUGGGCAAAAAUACCCUUAGUACUCGGAACACCAUGAGCUGGUUGCUUUCUUCAACCGCGGUGAGCACCUACUAGGCCUUGCUUGCCACCAACACCAUCGGCAACACUAGCACCUCGGCUGUGGUCAGCACCUAGCUCAACACCACACUAGCUAGCAUAAGAUAGCUAGAUAGAUAGCAAUGGACAGACCCAACCAUACGUGUGUCUUCGUACCUGUGUCCCCGGUGGUGGCAUGGACGUGGUAGCCUCAAUGAUCGACGCAACAGCGUGCGGACGAGCCACAAGCCAACGUGGCUGGUGGAACUCGUGAUGCAGACAACCGACGAAGGGCCACUCCGUGGUCUGGUGCUCCUCUGGUGAACAGCAAUAGAUGCUACGCUGCCCAUCGGUCCCUCAAUCUCUUGGCUAUUUGCUGCUUGAUUUGCUCACGGUGAACCAUGGUGCUACUAGUUGAUGCCUCGAGCAAAUAGGAAGUGGAGACGAUGAGGAUUUGCGCUGCCACUCCAACUCGCGUUGAUGCUCUCCACACCAAGAGACCCAGUCACACCGUUGCUAUUGUCUCACCUUGCGGACUUCGGCCUGGGGCGCCACUUGCUCUUUUAGCAUUGAGGGGAGGGGUCAACCGUGUGUUGGCCAAUGGCGAGAAGACUGGUGGGCACCAUGAGGAGCCCGCAGUCAACCCAGGCAGAGGAAGAAGAAAGGGGCACUUCAGAUAAUCCGAAAUACGAUCAUAUGUAGAGUCCAAAGACGUUCAGGAUGUAGAAAAUGGCAUGAUUCAAUGAUCAUAUGAAUGCGACAAAUUUACAAGCAGAUGAAUGAAUAGUAAUGGGUUUUUCCCAACCGCGGUAUUUGUAAUGACGUGGUUCAAAUUAACCCAAAAAGAAGAGGUGGGCCUUUGUUGGCCAACUCUUCUUUUUUCUCGUAUUAGUCAUUUGUGUGCAUGUGUCAUAAGGAAGUCAUACCCAUAUUGCAUGUCUCAUGAGCACUAGUGCCAAUGGAUAACUUCUUGCCUACCUGUUGUCAAGAUGUUCAACCGCCUGUGUGGGCCAUGGCCAUCUUCCCCCAAUCGGCAUGGGUUCCCCGUCUAUCAAGCAAGCAAAGGAGCACAUCUGGAGGAGGGAAGCAGUAGACAGAGAAGGGCGGAGGCAGAGUGGUAGUGGAGAACGAGAGGUGCGGCGGUGUUGGAGAGAGGAUUAGGAGUUCGAGAGAUGAAGCAGGAAGGCAAGGGGCAUAUGGGUUGCCUGGUGGGCUAGGCCAAACUACUGCUUGUUCCUUCUUUCUUUUUUCUUUUUCCUUUUUGUUUUUCUUCACUCUCUCUAAGCUACUUUUUUAUGUUUUCCUUAAGCUGUUAAGGCAUCGCCUUGCCUCACGCCUUAGUCGCUUAAGGGUAAUGCAGUAGUCAGUUGCCACGUCCGGCCUUACUGCUUUGAUAAUAACCAUGACAGGGACCUUGACGGGAUCGAGUUUGGGGACAGGCUUCGUUACUCCCCCACUUCCCCUGAUGGAGAUGAAAUUUGGCUGUUAGUAUCCCCAUGGGAGUAAAAAACAUACCAUCCCCGUUCCUUAAUGGAUGAAAUCCCUAACAGGGGUUAGGUCCCCUUUGCCAUCCCUUGGUGUGGACAGAGGAAGGUGAGGUGAAGUUGAAGGACAUUAAAGUGACAUGCUAACCUACUAUAUUAAUCAAGUUCCAUUUAAUGAUGUCUAUUGAAAAGACGACCAUAUUAACAAUUCCAUACCAACAGUACACUUUGUGUGGUUGGGAGUAGGGUUGGGAAUUGUGAAUUGAAUGUUUACUAUUGGGUGUAAUGGAUCCAUUCCCCAAAUUAACAAUUCCAUACCAACAAUUCUUGUAGGAUUGCAAUCAUGUCAAGGACACCCAAAAGUAGGUUUGGAUCAGUGGUCGGGAAAAAAAUUGAAAAGCAAGUUAGAAAGGAAGCAAGGUUUCUUCCAAAAAAUGUGAACAACAGAAGAGAGCAUGGUGUUGCAAGUGGAGCUAAUCGUCGUGGUAAGCCCAUCAUGGAUAACAACAUCAGGCACAUGAGCAACUUUUUGUCGAAUGUCGCUUCGUCGGGAACGAAUACAAGUAAAACUAACAAAAGAGCUGAUGUUGCAAAUGAUGCUAAUGGUCGAGAUAAUGUUGCCUCAUUGUCAGGUGGACAAACCCCUAUAAAGGAUAGUAACACUGGACACUUGAACUCUUCUAGUAAAACUAACAACAAAGAUGAUGUUGCAAAUGAUGCUAAUCGUCGAGAUAAUGUUGCCUCAUUGUCAGUUGGACAAACCCCCAUAAAGGAUAGUAACACUAGACAUUUGAAGUCUUCUACCAUGAAUGUAAGUUUGGAUCCUUUGCUAAGGAAUCCUUGCAAAAACAAUAGAAGAGAUGAUGGUGUUCCAUACCUUGCUUCACAACAAGAUAGGCAAAAUCCUUUGAAGGAUAAGAACAUCAAGGACAAUAACACCUUUGCGAUGCAUACUAGUUUGGCAACAUUGUCAAGGACUGACAACAAAAGGAGCAUUCCAGUUGAAGCAAAUCGACAAGUCAAUCACGCCUCACGACCAAUCAAGCAAGAGUCCCCUAGAAAGAACACUAACAUCAAGCGAGUAGAAGCUAUCAUGCCAAAUAGAAAUGUUACUAGAAGAGACAGUUCCAUUUUAGUAUUGAGAAGCGAGGACCAUGACCCCUUGAAAGCGAAGGCAAUAAUGAAUAGAUCAGAGCAUAUAAAUAAUUCUCAGUCACCUCCAUUUAAGGCAAUGGAAGGACUAGUUCACAAAGCAAAGAAUUUUGAUGGAUUGGAUCGAUACAAUGAGGCCUUACCUUCGAGAUUAAAGAGGCAAGUGAGCCUUGAUAGUGGAGGACGUUUUAUUGUCGGUAAGCAUAGUGAUAGGAAAUUGAUGAUUAAAGCAACAAAGGAAGCAUCUCCUAAGCGGAUGAAGAAACAAAGAAACACAGAAGAAAAAAGAGAUGAUACUAGUGGUAGAAGUCCUAUGGUUGAAAUCAAUGGAGAUGCUUAUCCUAUUGGGGUCAAAGGUAAUCUAUCUUAUGAUUCAAUGAAGAGACAAAGAGGUAACACGAAAACAAAUCAAGAUGAAACCAUUGAUAAAGGUGAUAUGAAACUCAUGGAGGUUGAAGAUGGUGGUACACAAUUGGAGACUUGUGAUCGUACACCGAAGAAUAAGAAGAAAAGAGGUAUAGAAUCAAAUGAAGUUGGUGAUGGUGAUGCCGAGGAUAGCUUUGCUAAGAAAAAUUUAGAAUCAUUGCCAAAAGAUCAUGUGCCACUUGAUUGUAGCAAUGAAGCUAUAGAAGUGGAGAAACUAACUUAUAGAAAGUCAAAGAAAUGGAGACAAGGCAUCAUGAGAAAUGAUGAUGAAGAAUUACAUGUUGAUGGUGGUGAUCAUAGUCCUUUGGAUGCUGAUGGCGACAGUUCGAGAUUGACAUCACAAGCUCCUAUUUCGAUACAUUGUCUUGCCGAAGUGCCUGCACCAUUUGUUUUGGAACAUGUCAAGCAGCUAUGCAACUAUUGCUCAAAGCCUAUUGAUGAACCUAUUUGGAGUGGACUCUUUAAGACAGACAGAGAGGAAUACAUAUCGUUGGCUGGACAUUUGUCAACCAAAUCAUGUGACAAAGUGUGGGAGCUUUCAAGAUCAUUGGUGCCGGUUGUUGAAGUGACCAAGCUUUCCAGUUCAAAGUUGAAAAUAUGGGAGACAUCAAAACCCUCCUGUGACAACAUUGGCUUGUAUUUCUUCCCUAAUAAGAUGAGGCAUGCUGAAGACCUGGAUAAACUAGUGAAGGAAGUAAUAGAGGGUGAUCUGGUCUUGCAGACUGUUAUUGGUGAAGCUGAGAUGCUGAUAUUUCCUUCUACUCUACUGCCUGAAAGAUAUAAGACUUUUCAAAGGAAACACUACCUGUGGGGUGUAUUCAGGCCAAGACAAGUUCAAUGUGCUACAGUUGCGGAGCCAGUACAUGAUACAGUGUGUUGCGCACAGGAGAAAGAUAAGGAAGAACAGCAUGCCUCAAACCAGCAAGAUGAGGUGCAAGAAGUCCAUUGGAAGUCGCCUGCUAAGAGCAUGCAGCAAGCUGCUGCAACUGGAGGUGUUCCAUGGUCCCCCAGCGCGGACUUUCAACCUGAAGCUCCUGAAGAAAGACAACUGGGAGAUGCAUUGCGUCACACUCUGCACAGUGCUGAACCUACUGCUGUUGCAACCAAUUCUGCUGCAGUAACAACUGAAGCUGCUGCAGUUGCUACCAAUGCUGCCACCGGACCUGCUGAAGCUACUGAAAAAGAUACCAAUGCUGCUACCAUACCCAAAAAUCAUGGGCGGAGUGACUCAAUUGUCAGGGUUCCCCCUGGCAGGUUUUUCUGUUUCGUUGCAGAACAGACUCCAAAACUCGAGCAGCUCAUUCAAGAGAUGCAGCGUGAAGGUUCGUUGGUACUUGCUAUCCGAGGGGAGCCGAUUGGAGGUGGUUUAUGGCCGGGCAACAUCGCCCCCACUAAUAUAAGCAGGGCAUGAGCUGCUCGCCUGAAAACAGCUGAUCCAGUCAAAAGGUUUCAUGUCAGCCUGAGCAGAGGGCUGCCUGGUUUCUGAUGACAAGGUGAUGCCUGGUUCAAGCUGGUUUCCGGUGAAGCAGUAGCAAAUUUGCUGACUUUUGCUGUGGAGUUAGGGAAAUUUAGUGUACUUAGCAGUUAGCGCUUUAUCAGCAUAUCUAUGGGCCUGACCUUUAUGAGCCUUUGUAUGCUCCUGAGGAUGCUCAAGGGACGCCUGUUUGUAGGGUUUAGGGUUUCUGUAUCCCUGUUAAGCCUAGUUUAAUGUUUGUUUCGUCCUGUAGAUAUUCUCUACCCAAAUUUAAUGGAUGUUUCAUCCUUCAAAUAAUUAUAUUGUAUUUAGUAUGACGUAUGCGUUCUGAUCAAUGCUUGUUGUUC